AUGGUUGCGCCAUAUGAACAUGCUGGCGAUGACAUCAACGACCCAGAUCGCGUGUUGUACAUUAACCCCGCCGUCGACACCGUCAUUGUACUGGGCGAUUUAGACUACGGCAGAAUCUCACAACUGCUAACAGGCUUGCGAGCCAGUGAUCCGGAGGGGCAAGGUCUGCAGAAAUUCGCCGUCAGCGCCAGCUGGACGUAUCAUCAAGGAGCAGGUGAUACGAUCAGGAUGUUAGCCAAGCACAUGUUUCCCGAGCUAGAAGAGAUGACUGUGUUCAUGUACGAUGAGAAAAUGCCUCCUGCGGACUGGACUGGUGGAACUUGUGAGCUGCAAGAUUGUAGCCAUACAGACUAUUACAAGCGGUAUGCAAUGGGAAGAGGUCAACAAAUGAGGGAUGGUGAUAAAUGGAUGGUUAUUGGGAGGAAAGAGCUAAGGGUGAUGGAGCUGAGCUUUAGGCAUGGAUGA